AUGGCCCUGCAGGAGAGUCUCUUUUCUCCUCAGCGUGUAUACUUGCUGCUCAUCGUGCCUUUUCUCCAGGAUCCAGUUCAGCUGUGGCAAGGGGGAAAGCAAGCUGGUAACUGCAUCAGCAAGAUAUACACCGGCGAGUACCCGUCAGUCUGGAUCAAUAAAGGAACGGAUUCUCAAGCCGCAGGCCCGGAUAAGAAGAGAGAGAUUGGCUUUUUUUUGGCCCUUUCUCUGGCCGUCUGCUCUCGUCUUGUCGCUUUCUCAGGGUUUAGGGCAAAGCAGACUGACGCAGCGAGAAGACGAAAAAGGAACGACUUUGAAGUUGCAAAGAAAAAAAAAUAA